GGAAGCUUUUCUAGUUGCUUAUCGCUCGAUUCGACCAGCAAGCUCCCGUAGAGGCCCGCUUCUGUUUUCUGCAGUUGACGGCAUUAUUUGCCUGACGCACGACGUUUGGCCUAUCGCGUCGUGUGGGAAACGCCGAUCUGAGACACUUACGCAAUAAUGUCAACAGAAGCUGAAUACAAAGCAGCCUUAUAUAUUAUAUACAUGCACGUCUCAUAUUCAAACUACCUUUUGAACUAUAUUCCGCAAAGUUCCUUAGGCAUAUCCGCAAAAUACCUACCAAGAUGACUGAACAUAGAUCCCUUAUGGAUCUAAAGUUCGACGAGCUUCCAGAUCCUAAACGAGUAUGGGUUGGGAAGCCGGGUAGCCACGAGGAGGGCCUCGGGCGACUUAUUCUACUGACGGAAGAACGUGUCCGUAACGCGGCAGCUCGGGAAAUCCGAACAGGCCGGCGUAUCGGGUUGAAUUGGGACGUCAGGAAAUUGGAGUAUCCAAAUAUCGGAAGAGCUCCUUUCGACCAUCAAAUAACACCGAUUUUAGGUGGCGUCGCUUUCGAUGAUAUCUACACGAUGAAUCCCCAGCAAAGCAGUCAGUGGGAUGGUCUACGCCAUUGGAGCGCCAAGCCACCCGGCGAAGAUGAUCAGCGGGAACGUGUAUUUUACGGCGGAACGACCAAGGAGGAAAUACUCGACAGAUCGAAUGAUCGCAUAGGUACCCAGCAUUGGGCCCGCGAGGGUAUCACCGGCCGCGGUGUGCUGAUAGAUUAUGUGUCGUGGGCACAGAAGAAAGGCAUCCAGUACUCUACGUUCUCUAAUCAUACCAUCAAGCUCCAGGAUAUCCAUGACAUAGCCUAUGAACACAACAUUGUGUUCGAGAGAGGGGACAUAUUACUUGUACGAAUCGGUGUUAUUAGAGAAUGGGAGGACAAAAUGGACAUGGCAGCUAAGAUGGCCUACUCUUCGUCACUUUCACCGAAGCAUGCAGGAGUAGAGGCAACACCGGAAGUGCUAAAAUGGCUAUGGGAUACUGGAUUCGCUGCUGUGGCUGGCGACGCUUUAUCGUGGGAAGUAUAUCCUCCACAAGGUGAUAUGUUUCUUCACGAUAUUCUUCUUGCUGGAUGGGGCAUGCCUAUUGGCGAAUUGUUUGACCUGGAGAGGCUUUCUGAGAUAUGUAAGGAACUGAAUCGGUGGUCUUUUUUCUUCACCUCUAUGCCUAUUAAUAUGCCUGGUGGUGUAUCGUCACCACCGAACGCGCAAGCGAUAUUCUAAGAAUGGAUAUCUUAAUCUGGGUUUGUUAUUGAAACGUAAGCUAAGUACCUAAUGUUCA